UGUCGUUGACGCCUCAACAAUUUUUUGUUUACACAUUAAUUUAAAGCGAGUAAAUUUACUCGCUACAUUGCAGCUGAUAGCAUUUUGGAUUUAAGUGCAGCGCCAAAAGUCAAAAUUAGCGAAACCGGCAAAAGAUUUUAUUUUCACCGUUUUUAAUAAUUAAAAGUUAAAUAUAUAAAAUAAAAUGCCGCAGGAAAUUCGGGUUGUGUUAUGCUUUGAUUGCAACAUGUACCAGGUCGAUAUUGUGUAGAAAACAAAUAAAUGGCAGUGUAAACUUUGCGGUGCUAAGCAAUCCUUAAAAAAAGAGUUUUAUCGUGGCUCAGGUGGAGACUGCCGUUUAAAAGCACAAGAGCUAAAUAUGGAUAAAGGGCGUGCCACUGAAGAAGUCGAGAAUGAAGUUUUGGAAUUUUUACAAAGUGAUGAUAUUGAUUUUAUUGCAAUGGAAAACACGCCGGAAGACUUCUUAGGACAACAAUCACAACAAGAGAACAGCGAAAGGGAAAAUAAAUGGAGCUGUUAUGUGGACGAGACUAAUGCAAAUAGUGACUUUAAUACGAGCUAUUGUGACACAACUACAUUUCAUGGAAAUCAAAAUGCAACCGAAGCGUCUUCCUCGUCUAAAAAACGUGGGAUUGAAAGUAGAGCCUCUGACCUCAGUUCUAGCUGUAAAAAGAACUCCAAAUGGGAUGAUUAUUUAUAAAUAUAUAAACGAUUACAUAUAUAUUUUAUGUUGUCAUAAAAUUAUUUAUUGAUUUCUAAAUUCUAAUAAAAUUCAAUUGUUAUGUGACAUGAAAUAGUUUCUCACAAA